AUGCAGCCUAUGUCUGAUGAACGAAGAGAGUUCUUACAAAAGGCUAUUGAGGAGACAUUAGGUACACAAGAGAAUCCUAAUGAUCUUAUGAAGGAGUCUAUUACUAAGUUGAAUACUAUUAUUACAUCAGCUGAUAAUGGUGAUAAGACUAAUCCAGAACUAUGUGCUGAAGCUAUCACUGCAUUGUCGUUAAUGGAUAGAUGUACAGACUUUCCUGAUUGUCCUAGGAAUUUAGAGAUAUUGGGUGGUACUCAGCCUCUAUUAUAUCUUGCUACUACUACUAUGUUGGAUACUACUGUGAGGAUUCAGGCUGCAGAGUUACUGGCAUUGAUGUUAUCUAAUAAUACACAAGUACAGGAGGCGUGUUUUAUCAAGUAUGAUGGGUUGAAUAAACUACUUAUUAGAAUACAACACUUGAUGAUGUCAUCACAUAAUGAUGAAGAGAUAGCACCAUUAUUGAGUGCAUUAGGAGCAUUAAUACGUAACUAUCCUCAAGCUGAAUCAGCUUUUAUUACUACUAAUGGUACUCAGUUGAUAGCUCAUCUACUUACUAAUGACUAUUCUAUCAGAGUACAACAGAAGGUUGCUAGUCUGUAUAGAUACCUUUUGGCUGAUGGUAGGGCUACUAUAGUAGAUUCUCAUGAUAUUGCUGAGGCAUUGAUUCAAUUGUAUAAAGCUACUACUACUAUUGGUGAUAUACAAUAUUAUGAGAUAUUGGCUGGUUUAUCGUAUGAACUAAGGGAAUACCCUGGUAUGGUAGAUGCUGUUAAGGGCCGUAUUAAGGUUAUACUAGAGAGUAGUAAUAAACAGGAUUAUCAACCUGAGCUAACUACACUUAUACAGACUGCCAAAUAUACCCCUAAGUAG